AUCUCUGGUAAACAUAGAUUAUUCCUCAAAUUUUCUUGAUUUUUAGAUAUUUAUCUUAAGGAAAACUGAUUGAUCAUGGAUCGGAGUGCAAUGUAUGAUAAUAGGGAACCGACUUUCCCUUCUCAAACCAUGGUCUUAGUUGGACGGACAGGGAAUGGAAAAAGUGCAACAGGGAACAGUAUCCUUGGACGGAAAGCUUUCAAGUCAGGAGCUAGCUCCUCAAGCGUUACAACUUCUUGUCAACUUGAAAGAACCGUGUUAAAAGAUGGUCAGAUUAUUAAUGUCAUUGACACCCCCGGUAUGUUUGAUCUUUCUUCUGGAUCGGAAUUGAUGAGGCAAUGUAUCAGUUUGGCUAAGGAUGGUAUCCAUGCAAUCCUAGUGGUUUUCUCUGUUAGGACCCGCUUCUCACAAGAAGAAGAGGCUGCGCUUCGUGGCUUGCAAAACUUCUUUGGAAGCAAAAUUACGGACUAUAUGAUUGUAGUUUUUACUGGUGGUGAUGAGCUCGAAGAAAAUGAUGAAACUUUAGAAGAUUAUUUGGGACGGGAGUGUCCACAGCCUCUAAAGGAAAUUCUCACUUUGUGUCACAAUCGAUAUGUGCUUUUCAAUAAUAAGACGAAAGAUGAAACCCAGAAAGCCAAGCAACUUCAACAGCUUCUUUCUUUUGUUAACACUGUUAUGUUGCAGAAUGGUGGACAGCCAUAUACUAAUGACACAUCUAUUGAGGUGCAGAUGGUGCCAAUAGAGUUUGACUCCUCGGAGGGUCGUUCUGAUUCUACUGAACGACAACUCAAGGGAACUAUAGAGAUGGUUGAGUCAAAGCUCCAAGACGCUACUGCUAGACUUGAACAAAAGUUAGCAGAGGAGAAAGCUGCACGACUACGGGCCGAAAAGAAUGCACAAUUGAUAUCAAAUGAUUUAAUUUCUAAACUGGCAGCGCAACUAGAAGAAGCAAGCAUGGAGACUGAUAGGCUGCGCAGGCAAUUAGCUGAGCUGCACAAUAGGCUUAUAAUCUGUACAAUUCUCUGACAUUAUAACCGGCAUGCCAAUAGGUUCUAGUGCAUGAAGUUUAUCCUAUAGUUCUGCUUAUAUAAUCCCCUUCCUCCCUCCUAAGCUAAAUAAAAUGUUGGAUUAUUAUGAUUCAGACUCUUGUGUAAAAGCUUAUGGCGCUGAUAUGGUAUUGUGACUUAUAUAUAUAUAUACAUAUAUUUUUCUCUAUUUUGUGUUUCUGUCUUCCUAUUAAAAGACCUGGAUUAGU